AUGUCGACUACGACUGUUCCUUACUGGCCUCCUGGUUGGUCGUAUUUCGCUGUGUAUGGACCGAUGAUAGUGGGACUCGGCUUUAGUUUUCUGCUAUUAGGAAUUGUCUUGGCCUCCCGUUAUUUCCUCAGAUUUCAAGAAGAUCGGUUGCAAAUAAAGCUUCUCUUUAUUUGCCUCUUGACGACGGCAGAUACGACUCUGUUGUGGGCUCAAAUGUUCAAGAUAUUUGAUAGACCCGGUGAUUUCUUGUGGACAUUGGACAUCCAAACGGGACAUAUUGGUUGGGGCAGAGCGAUAACGUCAUCAAUCUGCACUUUUAUCGUCCAGGGCUAUAUGAUUCAUAUAUUCUUCACUUUCGCUUUGGCUUUAAGGGCUGGAGAUGACUCCAAAAUGGUCAGGUCUCUCAUCUGGUCUUUCAGGAUUCUGCUCUGCUGCUUAGUGGUACUAGGAAUGGUGACAUCCUGGAUUGCUCCGAUUUAUGCCAGAGAUAUCGCAUCGGAAAAUACAGCUGCGGUUAAUGAUAAAAAACACAAGCUCUUAACCUUGUUUUGGAAUCUGCAGUACAGUUCUCAAUUCAGUGUCGACUUCAUCCUCACUGUGAUAUUCUCCAUAUACCUACAUUGUGUCCGAACUGGAUUCAAAACUACGAACAGCAUCAUCAAUUCUUUAGUUAUAAUUCUGCUGCGGAAUGGAUUUUUAGUCACUUCACUGCAACUGGCGUCUCUGCUCUUGUAUACCCUCACUAAAUCGUAUUGGAUUCUUCUUCCAGGAGCAGUCUCGUCAAAACUUUACGUUUUGACCGCUUUAUCGUUAGUCACCAAGCCGCGAGCCGUUCAACAACGUUCUUUAGAGGAAGGACUUCGGCCACCUCAGGGCAUCACCAGGCCCUUGUCAGAAGCUGAGUUUAUAUCAUCUUCCAAACUAUUAAGAAGUACCACUUGUCAAGUUUGUCGUAGCCGAUCAAUAGGCUCUUCAGGGCAAGUGCAGAGAAAGUAUGAGAACGCAAGUCCUAGGUUGAACUUAUCGUUCAUGGAAUUUAUAUCACAUCAUGACAAUAACGAGUUCCCAUUAGAAGAGACCAUACCUGUGACAGUAGAAGAUUUCAAGGAUAUUUUGCCAAACCCAGUUUCCGACUAUCCAACGGGAAGGCUAAGCGAGGAGAAGGAUAUAAUAUGA